UAUCAGCAAGGAAGAUCUUAAAACAAAAGUCUACUUGACAGUGUUUUGACCGGUAGCCAGUUGGCCGGGAAAAAGGGGAAAGAGAGAUAAAAAUUUCAAAUCUUAGCUACUAGAUGAAAUUGCAAAUCAUUAUCGAGCCUGGAAUGAAAUGGGAAAGUGGAAGAAGGAGAGAAGAUAGCUUCUAUGGAUCCUUCGACGAACCCAGAAACCCUAGUUUCAGGACUCGGCCUCGAUCAGCCGCUGUCCACAUCUUGCCCGAGCUCUUCCGACGCUCAGGAAGAAGCGGAACGCGAUGGCGGUGAGCCGAAACCCUCGUUCAAUCAGGCGGAGAUUUUUAAGGCUCUCGAAGUCGUUGAGAGGGACUCUGUCGCCAUCGCCGAGAGCUUCACUUCUCUCUUCGCCUCCCUCCGCUUGGCUCUCUCCGAGGUUACAAGCAGUUCGGUUGAUCAUGUACAGUUGUUUAGUGAUGCUGCUGGCCGCCUUCAAGAAUCUGCCCUUGAUGCGGCGACGAAGGGAAGCCGGUAUAUAAAUUCAUGUCUUAGACUAAAUGAGGAAAUCAAGGGCAUUGACGCUCUAGCUAUUCGGCUGUAUCCUUUUAACAUUCCCACUAAAAUGCCUCUUUUUUGUGUGUAUAUAUGUAUUUUUAAUUGUGAGAAAAAAACCCACCUUAGGUGACGUUCGGUUUGCGAAAUGCAAUUGGGUGGGAAUGGAUGAUGAUGAAAAUUUGUAUAGAGAAAAUAACAAAAUUGAGUGAUGAAUUUGAUACCAUGUCGUCGUACUCUGUUCUUAUGUAUCAAACGUCUGGUUGGUUACCAACAUGCAUUUCAUUUGGAUUAGUGUUCGCCAGUUGUUACCAAUUGGACUUUGCUGUGUGUUCUCCCUUACGUUUGUCAAGAAAGAUGUUGAGGAGGAACGUAGAUGCGCUGGAUUCAGCUGUGAAUAGUCUCCUCCGUUUGCCAUAACGCCAACCUCUGCUAAUUGUGAAGAUGAUUCCUGCAGUUUUAUCUGGCUGCAUUUACAACACCAAAGAACAUGCUUGGCUGAUACUGUUAAGAGUAUGAAACAGAGCACACCUUACUAUUAUUAUGCUUUUUUUUUUUUUCCUCUUCUUGCUAGAAUAGUCUCUGCCCACUUGGAGUUGGCCCUUUUUUUUUUCUUCCUUGUGUUGAAGAGAGAGAGAGAGAGACAAGGAAGAAUGUGAAUUAUGAUGUUGAAACUUUCAUCUGAUGUGGAAGUUACUAAAUUAUGAAGAUCUUUCCAGUUUUUUGUUUGUU